AUGUUCGAAGUGGAGCUGGUAAAGAAACCGGGAAGGGGUCUUGGAUUAAGUAUAGUUGGCCGCAAGAACGAACCCGGUGUCUAUGUGAGCGAAGUGGUCAAAGGUGGUGCAGCCGAAGCCGAUAACCGACUAAUGACUGGUGACCAGAUUCUCGCUGUUAACGGUCAAGAUGUCGCAAAUUCAAUGCAAGAAGAUGUCGCAGCCAUGCUGAAAACGUGUGUUGGACGAGUUUGCUUGAAGGUUGGCAAUUUUUGGAUUAUAUUGGGAACU